UUCACGCGUUUCGGCAUAUACAUCUCCUCCUCUUAAAUACCUAAUCAAACCCUUUUAAAAUUCUUAUUCCCCAUUUCCACACAAAGCAAGCAACACAACACAACAACAAGAACAAAAACAAAAACGACAAGUUAGCAUAUACGUGUUCACAAGCUUAUUUCAAACCAAUCAUCUCUCAUCAGUCGAACUUCUAGCUUCUAAACCCAUGCCGGAGAUCCAAACUCUCUCCGACAACAACGUCCACAACAGCAACAACACCAAUGCCUUGUUCGGAAAAUACGAGCUCGGGAAGCUACUCGGCUGCGGCGCAUUCGCCAAGGUCUACCACGCACGCGACCUCCGCACGGGCCAAAGCGUCGCCAUCAAGAUCCUCAACAAGAAGAAGCUCCUCCUCGCAAACCCCGCCCUAGCCAACAACAUCAAGCGCGAGAUCUCCAUCAUGAGACGCUUAUCUCACCCCAACAUCGUCAAGCUCCACGAGGUCAUGGCCACGAGGACCAAGAUCUUCUUCGCGAUGGAGUUCGUCAAAGGAGGAGAGCUCUUCAACAAAAUAUCAAAACACGGACGCAUUACCGAAGAUCUCAGCCGUCGAUACUUCCAGCAGCUGAUCUCCGCCGUCGGAUACUGCCACGCGCGUGGGGUCUACCACCGGGACCUCAAACCGGAGAAUCUUUUGAUCGACGAUAGCGGGAGCCUCAAGGUGUCGGACUUCGGACUCAGCGCGUUGACGGAUCAGAUCCGGCCCGACGGGUUGCUGCACACCUUGUGCGGCACGCCUGCUUACGUGGCGCCAGAGAUUCUCUCCAAAAAGGGGUACGAUGGCGCGAAGGUUGACGUGUGGUCGUGCGGCGUCGUUUUGUUCGUUUUAACCGCGGGUUAUUUACCGUUUAACGAUCCGAAUAUGAUGAGCAUGUACAAGAAGAUUUAUAAGGGAGAGUAUCGUUGCCCUAAGUGGAUGUCUCAGGAUCUGAAACGGUUCGUCUCUCGUCUUCUUGAUAUCAACCCCGAGACGAGGAUCACUGUUGAUGAGAUCGUGAAGGAUCCUUGGUUCGUUAGAGGAGGUUUCAAACCGAUCAAGUUCCACGACGAGGUUGAUCUGAAAGGGGUGAAGAGUUUAAACGCUUUUGAUUUGAUUUCUUUCUCGUCGGGAUUAGAUCUCUCCGGUUUGUUCGCCGGUUGCAGCGAGUCAGAGAGGUUUCUCUCCGAGAAGUCGCCGGAGAAGUUAGCGGAGGUGGUGGAGGAGUUCGCGGAGGAGGAGAAGCUGAGGGUGACCAAGGAAGAAUAUGGGUUUGAGAUGGAAGGGCAUAACGGGAAAUUCGUAAUUGGGAUAUAUAUUUCGAGGCUGAACGAUUUGCUUGUGGUGGUGGAGGCGAGGCGGAGAGGUGGAGAUGCUGAUUGCUAUAAAGAGAUGUGGGAUAACAAGCUCAGGGUUAAGCUAAUUAGCGUUUGCGAUCAAACGCCAACCGCGACUGUUUGAAAUGGUAUGCUUUCAAGUCAAACGCCAAAUCGCUGUGGUUGGAACGGCUGGAUUGAUUUGCGUUUUACUACGUUUUUAGAAUUAUCAAUCCAAAAAAAAAGAACAAAGUUAUAUCAACAAAUUACAUUUCUAUUUAUAUACUGUACCAAAUUGUAGGUAUCUAUUAAGGAAAAAAUGUAUUACAAGGCUAAAUUGCAUUUUGUAGAUACUUUACUCCUUUGUAUAAUAUGGAAAAUGGUUUGCUCAGUAACUCAGAUACUUAAAACGGUAA